AUGAAGAAGGAUUCGGCCGCAAGAAAGUCAGCCGAAUACUUCAAUCUUCGCGUCAAUACUUUGGAAGAAUAUUGGACACAUGCUGAAAUCGUUAAAAUCAACGAGCCAACUCAUGAGUAUUGGACAGGAGAAUAUUAUAAACAAAUCGAAAAAUCGUAUCGGGACUGUUUUAAGUACAUCCAAGAAGCAACAAAAUGUAUAAAGGACUCCAACGAAGAUAGACAAGUAAAACACCAUAUGCAACUCAUACAGGAUCUUCAGCAAAUAAUGCACCGAAUUGAUGAAACAUUGACCCCCCUUGAGCACACUCUAGAUAGGUACGAAAUCCUGUCGGAAAAAUUAAUGAAUAUAAUAUUUUCUUCUUGA